GACUUCCCCAGGAUUGGUCAUGUGACUCUCUCCUACAAAUUCACUUUCCUGUAGGUCUCGUACAGUCGAUGGCUGAAAGCUCGAGUACUUGUGUUUGACUUGUUUCUAAGGCUCAGCUUCUCCUGCCUCUGUCGAAACCACAGUGGACAUGAGGCAAACUUUGGCUCUCGUGUUUCUGUGGGCCUGUCUGGACUUGGCUCUCUCCAGGGGCUGCUCGUCCUUCUUCUGCGGGAAAUCUCACCGUGUCAGCAGCCUGAAUGGAGUCGACCCUGGGUCUCCUCUGUUUAUUACACCCUACCUGGAGAAGGGUGCUGUUGAUGAAGCUAGAAAACUGAGUUUGGUGGGAGACCUGCCGGGUGCAAACGUCAAGAGUUAUGCAGGCUACUUCACUGUCAACAAAAAGUACAACAGCAACCUCUACUUUUGGUUCUUCCCUGCACUGAUGGCAAACAGAGAUGACGCUCCUGUCCUGCUCUGGCUGCAAGGCGGUCCCGGUGGCACCUCCAUGUUUGGUCUGUUUGUGGAACAUGGACCAUAUGUGGUGUUUAAGAACAUGACUGUUGGUAUGAGGGACUAUGCUUGGACAUCGAGAUACUCAGUUCUGUAUGACAACCCAGUUGGAACAGGUUUCAGCUUCACUGACGAUGACAGGGGCUACACUCAGAACCAGGAUGAUGUUGGCAGGGAUCUGUACAGUGCUUUGACACAGUUUUUCCAGCUCUUUCCUGAGUAUCAGUCCAAUGAGUUUUAUGCAACUGGCGAGUCAUAUGCAGGGAAAUAUGUUCCUGCCAUUUCUUACUACAUCCACAAACACAACCCCACUGCCAAAGUGAAAAUCAACUUCAAGGGGAUGGCUAUCGGUGACGGGCUGUGCGAUCCAGAACUGAUGCUGGGUGGUUAUGGUGAGUUUCUGUACCAAACGGGGAUGAUAGAUGAACUCCGGCAGUAUGUCAACCAGCAGACAGACCUGGGGGUUAAACUGAUCCAGCAACAGAAAUGGGUCCAGGCUUUUGAGGUAUUUGAUAGCUUGCUGAAUGGGGAUGUGGAGCCGUACCCCUCCUUCUUCCAAAAUGCUACAGGCUGCACCAACUACUUCAACUACCUGGAUUGUCAGGAGCCUGAAGACCAGGAGUACUUCUCCCAGUUUGUGACUCUUCCAGCAGUGCGACGAGCCAUUCAUGUGGGGAACCUGACAUUCCACGACGGCUCGUUGGUGGAGAAGCACCUCAUGCAGGAUGUCAUGAAGAGCAUCAAACCGUGGCUCGGGGUGCUGAUGGACAACUACAGGGUGUUAAUCUACAGCGGUCAGCUGGAUGUAAUCGUAGCAGCUCCACUGACUGAGAGGUUUCUGCCCACUGUGAACUGGACUGGAGCUGCUGAGUACAAAACAGCCCCUCGCUUCCACUGGAAGACGCAGCCCAGUGACACAGAGGUGGCCGGUUAUGUACGGCAAGUGGGAGAGUUUUACCAGGUGAUCAUUCGAGGAGGGGGACACAUUCUGCCCUAUGAUCAGCCGGCGAGGUCCUUCGACAUGAUAGACAGAUUCCUGUCAACGCGGGGAUGGAUAUGAAAAGUUUUGAUGGUCAGAGGAUGUUGAAGGUCACUGACUGUUGAUUUUUUAGGACUGUUGAUUGUCUCAGGUAUAGUAAAUCAGCACCUUGUUGGAUCCGAACAAAUCUUGAAGCUGAUUAUUUUUCUCGUUGAGGCGGCUGGGAUUUGGACCGCACUCUGAUGCACUGCUCAUGGAUAGAAAAGUCCUCUAAAUUCAGACCUCUGUGUCUCUGUCCACAUUCUAUUCAUUCUACUAAAGUAACUGUAAGCAAACUGGAAAUCUAUUAAAAAUCAUAUCAUGUUUAUUUUUUUGAAUGGAUUGUUUGAGGGAAGUAAAGUUUAUGUUCCAUUUAUUCACUACAAGCUUGAAGAACAUGUGUAAAAGAGAGUCUUUAAUCCAGAGUCAACUAAUAAAAAGUUACCUUUUUCUAAA